CCUGUGUCAAGCUUUAUUAGCGAGGAUUACUGGAAGGCUUCUACAGUCGUCACCUGCUGUUCUUAUUCCUGAGAUCGACAAAUCAACAUGGCGAAAUUCUUCAUCCCUGUGGUGAUUUUCGGCGUACUGGUUGAUUGUUCAUCCGGUUCGUUGUUUGGGUUUGGCGAAGCAGAAGGACACGGUGGCGGUGGAGUGGAUCUUGAGAUGGGUUUUCAUAAAGAAAUGCAUUUCGGUAUGGGAGGAGGAUAUGGCGUUGGGGGACAUGCUGAAGGGGAAUAUGGUGCUGGCGUACAUGCUGGAGGAGGAUAUGGUGUUGGCGGACAUGCUGGAGGAGAAUAUGGCGCUGGCGUACAUGCUGGAGGAGGAUAUGGUAUUGGCGGACAUGCUGGCGGAGGAUAUGGUGUUGGUGGGCAUGCUGGAGGAGGACACGGUUUUGAUGGACAUGCUGGAGGGGAAUAUGGUGUUGGAGGACAUGCUGGAGGAGGAUAUGGUGUUGGGGGACAUGCUGGAGGAGCAUAUGGUGUUGGGGGACAUGCUGGAGGAGCAUAUGGUAUUGGAGGACAUGCUGGAGGAGCAUAUGGUGUUGGGGGACAUGCUGAAGGAGGAUAUGGUGUUGGCGGACAUGCUGGAGGAGCAUAUGGUAUUGGCGGACAUGCUGGAGGAGCAUAUGGUGUUGGCGGACAUGCUGAAGGAGGAUAUGGUGUUGGGGGACAUGCUGGAGGAGCAUAUGGUGUUGGCGGACAUGCUGGAGGGGAAUAUGGUGCUGGUGGGCAUGCUGCUGGAGGAUACGGUGGAGGUGUGCACGCUGAAGGUCAUGGUGGAGGAAAAGUUGGUGCUGAAGGACAUGCUUCCGCUCAUAUGGGCGGAGGACUGAGUGUGGGCGGAUUACUCGGCGGAGCACUGAAUUUUGGGUCAAAAAUUGCUGGAGCUGCACACGGUGGAGCAAAAUUAGCUGGUGAGGUCGUAGGAGGGGUAAAGCAUGCAGCGGUAGAGGCUGGAUCGGCAAUCGCUGGAGGAGUCAAACAUGGAGUGGAGUAUGUUGGACAGGUUCAUGAAUUAGUACAUGCUAAAAAAGGGCGUCACGGAAAAGAACACGCUGAAGAAGACUCGGUCAGAACUGGUCAUGGUGGAGGAGAAUACAACAAAGAAGACCAUAUCAGGGGAGGGCAUCACAAAGACGCCCAUCUCGAAGCUGAUUAUCAUAAAGAAGACCAUAUCAGGGGAGGGCAUCACAAAAACGCCCAUCUCGAAGCUGAUUAUCAUAAAGAAGACCAUAUCAGGGGAGGGCAUCACAAAAACGCCCAUCUCGAAGCUGAUUAUCAUAAAGAACGCCAUAUCAGGGGAGGGCAUCACAAAGACGCCCAUCUCGAGGCUGAUUAUCAUAAAGAAGGCCAGAUCAGGGGAGCGCAUCACAAAGAGGGCUACGUCGGAGGUGGUUUUCAUAAAGAAGGUUAUCUUGGGGGCGGCUUUCAUAAAGAGGCUCGCGUUGGAGGUGGUGUUCAUAAAGAAGGCUAUCUUGAUGCGAGUGGCCAUGGUGAAGGACGAUUAGCCGGAGGUGCACACGCUGAAGGGCACGCUAGAGGACAAGUCGGCGCAGCCGGAAAACUAAGUGCAGAAGGACAUGGUGCAGGAGGAGUUGGCGUAGGAGGACAUGCUGGAGGAGGGUUUGCUGCAGGAGGACAUGCUGGAGGAGGACUUGCUGCAGGACUACAUGCUGGAGGAGGACUAGCUGCAGGAGGACAUGGUGCAGGAGGAGUUGGCGUAGGAGGACAUGCUGGAGGAGGGUUUGCUGCAGGAGGACAUGCUGGAGGAGGACUUGCUGCAGGACUACAUGCUGGAGGAGGACUAGCUGCAGGAGGACAUGCUGGAGGAGGACUAGCUGCAGGAGGACAUGCUGGAGGAGGAUUUGCUGCAGGAGGACAUGCUGGAGGAGGGUUUGGUGCAGGAGGACAUGCUGGAGGAGGACUUGCUGCAGGACUACAUGCUGGAGGAGGACUAGCUGCAGGAGGACAUGCUGGAGGAGGACUAGCUGCAGGAGGACAUGCUGGAGGAGGAUUUGCUGCAGGAGGACAUGCUGGAGGAGGAUUUGCUGCAGGAGGACAUGCUGGAGGAGGACUUGCUGCAGGACUACAUGCUGGAGGAGGACUAGCUGCAGGAGGACAUGCUGGAGGAGGACUAGCUGCAGGAGGACAUGCUGGAGGAGGAUUUGCUGCAGGAGGACAUGCUGGAGGAGGACUUGCUGCAGGACUACAUGCUGGAGGAGGACUAGCUGCAGGAGGACAUGCUGGAGGAGGACUAGCUGCAGGAGGACAUGCUGGAGGAGGACUUGCUGCAGGACUACAUGCUGGAGGAGGACUAGCUGCAGGAGGACAUGCUGGAGGAGGACUAGGUGCAGGAGUACAUGCUGGAGGAGGACUUGCCGCAGGAGGACAUGCUGGAGGAGGGUUUGCCGCAGGAAGACAUGCUGGAGGAGGGUUUGGUGCAGGAGGACAUGCUGGAGGGGGGUUUGCCGCAGGAGGACAUGCUGGAGGAGCGUUUGCUGCAGGAAUACAUGCUGGAGGAGGACUUGCCGCAGGAGGACUUGCUGGAGGAGGACUUGCCGCAGGAAUACAUGCUGGAGGAGGACUUGCCGCAGGAGGACUUGCUGGAGGAGGGCUUGCCGCAGGAGGACUUGCUGGAGGAGGACUUGCCGCAGGAGGACAUGCUGGAGGAGAAGUUGGUGCGAAAGGACAUGUCGAAGAGGGCGUUGACGCUGAUAAAACCGCCGAAGAAGGAGUUGGCGCAGAAGGACAUGGCGAAGGAGACGUUGACACUGAUAUACACGCCGAAGGAAGAUUUGGUGGAGAAGAAGAUGUCGACCGAGAAUCUGGUGCUGAUGGAGAUGCCGAAGGAGAAAUUGACGUUGAUAUAGAUCUCGAGGGAGAAUUCGCUGCUAAUGAAAGUCCCCAAGUGGAAUUUGAUCCUGAUGAAGAUUACGAAGGAGAAGAAGCAGUUGACGAAGAUGGAGAUCUCAAAGGAGAAGUUGAUGCAGAUGAAGUUCGUGAAAUAGAAGUUAGGACAGAAGAACGAUUCUACGAAAAAGGUGAUGCAGAAGGACAAGCCGGAGGAGAAUGGAAAGAGGAUCUAGUAGUGGAAGUGGUAGAGGAAUCGCGAGUGCCGGUAGCCGAGGAAGAUUCGUCGCAACAAACAGAGACGGAAAAUGUAGGAGAGAACGACAGGCUGAACGAAAAUACUGCAUUCAAAGGAUUUUAUGAGGAGAUACAGGAAUCCACGGAAUGGCUUAUCCCAGAGCCGUCUGACGAGUAAGAUGCGUGCCCCAGUGAGGAGCAAUUUUUAAGGCCACAUAUCUCAAACCUUUACUACAUUCUAAUUAUCAGAAAACAUUUUCAUAAGGAUACUAUGUAACACUGAUUCAAAUAAAAAUUACAAUUGAAAUUUUA